AUGAUGUCGGGGCAGCAGCCCGCCCUUCCAGGCCUUGGCUCGGAAAUCGUGCCUGCACCCGCGGGUGCCGCCACCACGCACGCGGCCCCCACAACCAACGGCGCCCCCGCCGCGGCCGCACCGCCAGCCCCCAUGGCAGCCGGGGCGGAGGGACUCACGCCCGCCCUCCAUUUCACCGGCGCGCCAUCAGCUAUAGCGGGCACCACCGCCGCCACGCCCGUUGUUGCCGCGCCCCCUUCAGCGACCCCGUCCCUUUCGGCUGUGCCCCUUGCAACCCCCGCCGCAACCGCCUCCCCUCAUGUCGCGGCGGCCGUGCCCGCGGCGGUGGCUGCGGCCCCGCAGGCGCAUCGCCGUGGCGGCGCCGCGAGCGGCCACGCAGCGGCACUGCUGCCCACACCGGGGCUUGGGCGGCCGCAGGGGACUGCCGUAGGCUUUGCGCCUCACCCCCUACCAGUUGCCACACCGGCGCCGCCUGCCGCCCCAAACGCCGCAGCCGUCGCCGCGCCUGUGCUUGGGCCUGUCGGGGUGCUGCUGUCUGCGGCGCCGGCCGCCACCCCAGAGGCCACAUUCGCCACGUUAGUGCCGCCAGCGGGCUCGACUCCCAAUCUACAGCCCCCGCUGCCCGUCAAUGGCGCAAAAAGGUUCUUGGGCGCGAGCGCAGCGCAGCCGCCGGCAGCGUUUGGGCAGGCGCUCCAGAGCGCCCCUGCAUCAGCUGCGCCGAUCGCGCCCGCGCCGGCGCUGCCACGCGCCCCGACACCGCCGGCAGGCUCCCCCAUGGACGAGUCUUGA